AAAAAAUGAGUGAUGAGCAGGGAGAACACAGUGAGAAUGGCGGGAAACAACAUCAGCAUGCUCAGCAGGAAUCUUCUCAAAAAAGUUUCUCCGGAGGUAACGGAGUCCAUGAACCUCUAGCGAUCUCGUCAGAGGACGAGGAGGAGAUAUUCGACAUUCAUCACAGCCAGGAGGAGUUCGACCAUAUAGUUGGAGAGAUUGAGAAUAUUCUAGUGGAAGACGACUUUCUGAAACUUCAAUCAAAUCUGCUUGAAAAGCAUUGGCACCAUUUUGAGGAUACAGAAGAGAAUAAACUGAUAUAUACGGAUAUAUUUCACGAAUAUACUGAAGCUAUGGAAAAAUAUAUUGAGACUCAGUUAGAAAAGCGUGUAGAUGGAUUUACUAUGGACGAUUUCCUUGAAACUGUUCAGGCCAAACGACAACAUUUAGAUGGAGACGUAUUUGACCUUCUGUACACUCUCUCCGAUUUCAUGGCGUUUAAGGAUUUGUAUGUAGAGUUUGCGAAGGAUAAGGGUUCUCCAGGACCAGACCUCUCAGAUCUUCUCAGUGUUCAAAAGAUCAAUUAAAAAUCAACAAUUGAGACAGAAAAUCAAAAUCAUUUAACUCAGUUAGUGAAAAUUAAAUAUUUGCUAUUAAUUGCUGAAACAUGUAAAUUGUACGAUAUAUCAAAAAUCUGUAAAAUAGUAAAACAUUUUUCUUAAAACUAGUUUAAAUGAUUCUAUUAUAGUUAAGUCUUGAAAAAUAAAGCUCUUCCCUCUCUUAAAAAUAGUGAUAAUUAGUACUCUUAGAAUUGAAUUGGCUCGAAUAUCGAUUUAAAAUAUAAAACCUCGUUUGUGUUGUAUAAUAACGGUAUCUUAAAUUUAUGUUUACAAAAAUGUAUUUAUUUUACUUUUUGUGUGUAUUUACAGGCCUGGUAAUUUCUAGUGGUAUCAAUUAUAGGUUCCUAUUUAUAAUCCAAAAUUUGGUUUAAUUAAUUGUUAAUUAAUUAAUUUUGUAUGUAUUGUGAUUACUCAGAUAUGGGAAGAGAUAACAAUAUUUUGUUGACAUUUUCUUAGAGUGGUGUUUAGCUUUAAACCUUUUAAGAAUCACAACGUUAAGCUAAACCUUUUAAGAUCUAUACAGCUGAAAAUUUACAGCUGGCAUUCAAUGUUCAGUCACACAUGGAAAAGGAUAUUUACGAAAUCAUUGAUGAGACAAAGGUUCAAGGUGUAACAUCGUAAAUUGAACAAUGCAAUUACUUCCACACUUCCUUGAAGAAAGGUCACAAAACUAUUUCGAUUAUCCUUAUUCAUGUCUUAUCUGUCUAUUCUGUGGUAAACUUGGCUUCCAAUGGUAUCUUUUUGUUAUUUUGAAAAUACAUCUUGUGAUUGUAUAAUACGUUAUGAUAAACAAAUAAACUAAUUCUUUUAUUAGGUGCCA